CGUCCCGCCACGGGCGUCGCUUCUCGUACUGUCGUUGCUGUGCUUCCCCUUCACCUUUCUUUUGCACGAAACUUUUUUUCCCAAACAUCGCCCUUCCUGCGUUUGUUUUUGUUUCUUCUUCCGGAGACCUUCAUUUGUUCUCGUCGCUCGUCCAGAGUUGUAGACACUUCCAUACUGCUCGACUGAUAGUUCUCAACACCCCAUCGCUAUAACCCAGAUAGCAUCACAGGGAACUUUCGCCGGUGCACGGCCCCGCCAAAAUGUCGAGACAGCAGAACAACAGGGCUGGUCGUCAGAUUAGGGGACCUCAAUCGGCUCUGACUGAUUUCUUGGCCUCGCACAAUAUCUCGGCCAACCAGAUUCGUCUUGAUGCCGAUGCGCGACGAAGAGCAGCAGAACAGGAGAAUGGGGCUAGUAGCUCCUCAAAUCAGCAGCAGGUCGCGGAAGACGAAGUAGGAGAGUCAUCUACAGUCACAACCUCUGUUACUGUCACAACCAGGACAUCCCGACGAAAGAAGGACCAAAAGGUCAUUGAUAAGAUCAAAGCCAGCAAAACCUACCAGAAGCGGAAGCGAAAUGCAGGCGAGGAUGACGCAGAUGACGAUUUGCUGGACACUUUGCUUCGGGAGCGCGCGCCUCUACCCGGCCAGAUGGACAAUUGCGCCAACUGUGGGAAGCGCUUCACCGUCACUGCAUACUCACGCAACCAUCCCGAUGGAGGCUUGUUGUGCAGUCCCUGUGGAAAAGAGAUGGAUAAAGAUGCGCCGCCAAAGAAGAAGCCGGCAAAGCGGGCUGCUACCGGUCCGGUAGGGAGACGCCGACAGAUCCAGAGCAAGAUUCUGGACGGCACAUUUCAGCUUGGAGCCAAGAGCUUGAUGACGCUGUGCAUCGAGACUCUAGCUAAGAACAUUGAUCUGGCUGAAGAUCUGGGCGAUUUGCCUCAGCCCGUCAUCGACAAAAUCGCCCGGAAGCUCUCGAAACAUAGACUUCUCAACCCUACAACUCUCAGUCUUUUUUUGCAGCCAACGGCCGAUGAGGUCUGCAUCUACGACGGCGCCAAGCUUUCCGCCGACGAUUAUAUCCGCAUCUUUCAGACCGUACCAGGUCUGAAAAGGCUGAAAGCCAGAAAUGCCAUCCACUUCAAAGACGAAGUUAUGGAUUUCCUUGUCUCUCGUAAAACAGAGCUCGAGGACCUUUACCUGCAUGGCUCUAAUCUCAUUGCCGAAGAGAAAUGGCUGGAGUUUCUUGAGAAGAAGGGAAAAUCGUUACAAUCACUCCGCGUUUACUGGACGGACAAGCACUUUGGCGACUCUGCUCUGGCCGCCCUCCCCUCUUCAUGUCCGUCCUUGGUUCGCCUUAAGGCGUGCCACAAUCAGAAAAUCACCGGCGAAGGCAUCAACCACCUCGCCCAACUCCACCACCUCAAGCACCUUAGCAUCGAUCUUCGCAAUCACGUCCAUUCGGAUGUAUAUGUCAACGUUCUCUCCUCUAUCGGUCCUAAUCUCGAGACGUUCUCUAUUACGCGCGAGAUUGAACUGGACAACACUGUCCUGGACGCUAUACACAACCACUGUCGCUCGCUGCAGAAGCUGCGCAUAACCGACAGCGACGUCAUGACGGAUGAAGGCUUUGCCCGCCUCUUUACCAACUGGGAGAACAAGUGCUUAUUGUUUGUUGACCUGCAAAAAUGCCGACAGGUAGACUCGGCAAACCCGCGCCAAAACCCGGACAACAUCGGCUUGUGCGACAGAGGCUUCAAGGCAUUGAUGGCACAUUCCGGAAGAAAGAUCCAGCACCUAAAUGUACACGGGUGCAGACACAUCUCAGCAAAAGCCUUUGAGGAGGUUUUCCCUUCGGAUGGCAAAAAGGUCUAUCCUGAGCUGAAAAACCUGGAAAUCAGCUUUUGUGAGGAGGUAACGGAUUUCAUUGUUGGAAGCAUUUUCAAGUGCUGUCCCAAUCUGCAUGAGCUGAAUGUGUUUGGCUGCAUGAAGGUGAAGAGCGUGAGGGUACCUAAGGGAAAGAUUCUCGUGGGAGUACCGAAUGCGCUGGGAAUGGUCAUCGAGGGUGUUGAUGAUGACGAAGAGUGAGUGGCAGCAGUUGUGUGUCUGUGUUUGUCACGCCCCUUCUCCCCAUCUCUGCGUUUCUUCGAUUUUUACACCCUAGUGGAGCGUCUUUUAUCUUUAGGCAUGCUUGGCGUUUUUUGCUGAACUGUCGUUUUUGUGUGCUACAUAUGUACAUCGGGGAGGAGCGAGCGCAGGAAUAUGGUAUGGUUACCUCGAUACAUCUCUGUUGGGUUGAAAUUCAUUGUAAACUAAUUGUCAACUCUUAACAAUUCGGAUAGUCAGCUGAAAGGAAAGGGUCACGC